CUGUGAUUUGAAAAGUCUUCUUGAGGAAAAGAAUCCCGUAUUAGAUAAAGGUAUAUGUAAAUUUGUCAGAAGCUACAAAAAAUAUCAGUCUGCUCAAGAUACUUACAUUCGUCCAGCACAUGGAGAUAAAGAAAUUAAAGUACAAGUUGCUGCAGCUACUAGACACAAAAAAGAAUCAACUCAUAAUCUUAAAAAAAUGCCACAAGG